ACCGUGAACAUUUAAAUACUUGGGUCUCCUCUCCUGUGCUCCCCCACGUUAAUGUGCAAAAGAACUUAUGAAACUUUAGCAUGGAGUUGUGAAAUUCAAAGCAAAGAUCUUACUUAUUUUUUCAUUAGAAGGGUGGGAGUAAAAAAUUCACCAAGCUCAAAACAUUGACAUAAGUUGCAUUCAAGGAGGGUAGUCAUGCCUGUUACAGACUUUUGAAACAAUGGAUGAGAGAGUAUCCUUACAUCACAGCCCUGAGAAGGAGAAAACUCUCAGACAUACUGGUUAUUUUGCUUCAUCACACACUGUGAAAAAAAUUUGGGUUGGAAUCUGCUUGCUUCUGGUGGAGAUGUGUGAGCGGUUCACUUUCUUUGAAGUCGUCUGCAAUAUGAUCCCCUUUUGCACUGUCAAGCUUGGCUAUCCCAAUUACCAGGCAGCCAUUUUGAACUUGUGUUUUAUUGGAACUUCAAUACUUAGCCCUGUGUUUGUGGGAUGGCUUGCUGAUGCCUGUCUAGGAAGAAACAAACUGGUAUAUGCUUGCUUAUGUCUACAUUUUCUAGGCACUGCUUUGUUAUCCAUGGUUGCUUUUCCCUUGGAAGAUUUCUAUAUAGGAACUCACCAUAUGAUUAACCAUAUACCAAAAGAGGAGCAGAAGAGGCUGUUCUACACAGCCCUGUUGGCCAUCUGCCUUGGUACAGGAGGAAUGAGAGCCAUCAUUUGUCCGCCGGGUGCCUACAACCUUCAGGAGCAUGGGUCCCAGAAACAAAUGUCUUUUUUUAACUGGUUUUGUUGGAUCAUGAACCUGAAAGCAACUGUUGUCUUUCUGGGAAUAUCUUACAUCCAGCACUCAGGGGCCUGGGCCCUGGUUUUACUCAUUCCUUUUAUGUCUACACUUAUGGCUUUGAUAACUCUUCAUAUGAUGCACUGUAACUUGAUUUAUCAGCCAGAAAAAUGUUGCUCCCUCCUGACAACCUUUGGGGUAUUUAUUAAUGCACUGAAAAUAUGCUGUCUGCGCCAUUGCCGUCUUGCUGGAGAUGUGACAAGCUGGUUAGACCACGCCAAGAAAAAAAAUGGCGGUUGCUAUAGUGAGCUCCACGUAGAAGAUACAAAACUUUUCUUCACCCUUCUCCCUCUCUUCAUUUUUCAGCUCCUUUACAGAAUAUGCAUUAUGCAGAUUCCUUCAGGAUAUUAUGUGCAGACCAUGAAUUCCAACCGGAAUUUGGAUGGAUUUCUUCUGCCAGUUGCAGUAAUGAAUGUCGUCAACACCCUACCACUAUUAAUUCUGGCCCCUUGUAUAGAGUAUUUCAGCACUUGCCUCUUUCCCUCGAAGAGAGACGGAUCAUUUCUGUUGGCAUGCAUUAUCACUGGAAAUCUUUCUGCUGCAUUGUCUGUGAUGGUAGCUGGCUUCUUUGAAAUACACAGAAAACACUUCCCUCCAAUGGAGCAGCCUCUUUCAGGCAAAGUCCUCACCAUUUCUUCCAUGCCCUGUUUCCACCUGGUUCUUCAGUACGUUUUACUUGGAGUGGCUGAAACACUGGUCAACCCAGUCUUCUCUGUAAUACAUAGAUUUGUUCCGAAUACCAUCAGAGGAACCUCUAUGAAUUUCUUGACACUGUUCAAUGGAUUUGGUUGUUUCAUGGGGGCAUUGCUAGUGGAGUUGGUAUAUCUCAUCUCAGAAGGCAAUUGGUUUCCAAACACAUUAAACAAAGGCAAUUUAGAAAGCUUCUUCUUCUUUUUGGCAUCAUUAACGUUGUUGAACGUCUUGGGAUUCUGGAGUGUUUCACAAAGGUAUUGUAAUCUAAAUCAUUUUAAUGCCCAGAACAUCAGUGGAAGUAAUCUUGAAGAAACACUUCUCCUCCAUGAAAAGUCUCUGAAAUUUUAUGGCAGUACGCAGGAAUUUUCUUCAAGUAUUGAUCUUUGGGAGACAGCCCUAUGAAACUAUCUUUGACUCUACCUGUCUUAUGAGCAAAGUAUUCAUUGUUUUCUUUAGCUGAACAUCUUACACAUUUUAGUUUAAGAACUAAUAUGUAUGGGAGUGACUUCACAAGUAUUAUCUGUGUACUUUAUUUAUAAAGACUAAUUAUGACUCCUCUAGUAAACUAUUGUGCCUAUUAAUGCUUUUGCAUUAACACAUUAUACAUUACAGUUAAUUUCAAAGCCUGUGAUUACUCCAUGACAACAAAAUGACAAUUUCGUAUACCUUACAAUAUUUUACAACUUCUUACAAUACUGGUUCAGCCACUAAGAGCAAUAUAAAUUAUAAUUGUUAGUUCUAAUGUGCUAAUAGAAUCAAAAUAAUCAUUUCUAUACAUUUAUUGAGCACUUACUACAUGCCAGGCCUUGUGAGCAUAUACUGUCUAUGUCUAACUAAAUAGUAAGUCUAUACGUCAUUUUACUGUAUUUGAUCUUGAUGUUACACUAUGGAUAUGAACUAAGGAAAUUUUCUCUGAAUUGAAAAGCAGUGUUAACUAAAAUAGAGGUCCUUAAAAAAGAAAGAAUAUUCACAUACUGAAGAAGUUAUAAAAUAAAGGUAAAUGAGGGAAUGAUUAAAGAAAAAAGGAAAAUUGGAGAAGGGGAAAUGAGUGUUGAGAGGGUAAGUGAUAAAUCAAAUAGAGACCCUUAAAGCAUUUCCCUAACCUAAUUGACAUCUUUUGGUCUUCAGUGCUACCAAUUCAGAACCAUUCACAAAAUCAUCUUCCAAAAGAAAUUCUUUCUGUAUAACCAAAGAAAUGUGGAAACUCAUAUAAAAUAUAAUGAACUGGGGCACCUGGGUGGCUCAGUCGGUUAAGCAUCCAACUCUUGGUCUCAGCUCAGGUCAUGGUCUCAAGGUCGUGAGAUCAAGCCCCGCGUCCGACUCCGCACUGGGUGUGGAGCCUGCUUAAGAUUCUCGAAGAAGAAGAAGAAGAAGAAGAAGAAGAAGAAGAAGAAGAAGAAGAAGAAGAAGAAGAAGAAGAAGAAGAAGAAGAAGAAGAAGAAGAAGAAGAAGAAGAAGAAGAGGAAGAAGAAGAAGAAGAAGAAGAAGGAGAAGAAGAAGAAGAAGAAGAAGAAGAAG